CCUUCGAGAUGCUUCCAUUGAUUGGAAAAACAAUUACCUUUGAUAACUUUCCUGAUCCCUCUGAUACAUGGGAAAUCACUGAAACAAUCGGCAAAGGAACUUAUGGGAAAGUUUUUAAAGUGCUGAAUAAGAAAAAUGGCCAAAAAGCAGCAGUCAAAAUUCUCGAUCCAAUUCAUGAUAUUGAUGAAGAGAUCAAAGCAGAGUAUAACAUUUUAAAAACACUUUCUGACCACCCUAAUGUGGUCAGGUUCUAUGGGAUGUACUUUAAGAAGGAUAAAGUAAACGGGGAUAAGCUGUGGUUGGUUCUUGAGUUGUGCAAUGGAGGCUCAGUGACUGAUCUCGUGAAAGGAUUUCUGAAGAGGGGUGAAAGAAUGAGUGAGCCCAUAAUUGCCUAUAUUUUACAUGAAGCACUCAUGGGACUUCUGCAUUUGCAUAACAACAAAACUAUCCAUCGUGAUGUAAAAGGAAAUAACAUCCUUUUGACCACUGAAGGUGGAGUUAAACUAGUAGAUUUUGGUGUGUCUGCACAGCUCACCAGCACCUGGCACCGUCGGAAUACAUCAGUAGGAACACCAUUUUGGAUGGCUCCUGAGGUGAUUGCAUGUGAGCAGCAACUGGACACCACAUAUGAUGCCAGAUGUGACACAUGGUCCCUGGGUAUCACAGCCAUUGAGCUGGGGGAUGGAGAUCCCCCACUUGCAGAUCUGCAUCCCAUGAGAGCACUCUUCAAAAUACCAAGGAAUCCACCCCCAAAACUAAGGAAGCCCGAGCUAUGGUCAGCUGAAUUCAAUGACUUCAUUAGCAAGUGCUUGACCAAAGAUUAUGAAAAGCGUCCAACAGUGUCAGAUCUUUUACAGCAUAAAUUCAUUGCGCAAAUUGAGGGCAGAGAUGUGAUGUUACAAAAACAACUCAUGGAAUUCAUUGACAUUCACCAACACAUGGGAAGCACAGAAAAAGCCAGACAUGAACGUAUUCAUACCAAGAAAAGUAAUUUCAACAGAUCUCUAAUUUCCAGUGUGAAGGAUGUGGAUGAUUUAGCAACCCUAGAAGUUUUGGAUGAGAAUACAGUCUCAGAGCAACUUGAGAAGUGUUAUUCCAGAGAUCAAAUCUAUAUCUAUGUGGGAGAUAUACUGAUUGCCCUCAACCCUUUUCAGAGUCUGGGUCUUUAUUCCACAAAGCAUUCCAAAGCAUAUACUGGAGCCAAGAGAACUGCCAAUCCUCCUCACAUUUUUGCAAUGGCUGACUUAGGGUACCAGUCUAUGGUUACAUAUAAUUCAGAUCAGUGCAUAGUUAUCUCUGGAGAAAGUGGUGCUGGGAAGACAGAAAGUGCCCAUCUUUUGGUUCAGCAGCUGACGAUACUUGGGAAGGCUAAUAAUAGAACACUUCAAGAGAAGAUUUUACAAGUGAACAAUUUGGUGGAAGCCUUUGGCAAUGCGUGCACUAUUAUAAAUGACAACUCCAGCAGAUUUGGAAAAUACUUAGAAAUGAAAUUCACCUCUUCUGGAGCUGUGGUGGGAGCACAGAUUUCUGAGUACCUUCUGGAGAAAUCUCGAGUUAUCCACCAAGCUAUUGGAGAAAAAAAUUUUCAUAUUUUUUACUACAUCUAUGCUGGAUUAACUGAAAAGAAGAAACUAGCCCAUUACAAAUUGCCUGAAAAUAAACCUCCCAGGUACCUACAAAAUGACCACCUCAGAACAGUACAGGACAUGAUACAUAAUAGUUUCUAUAAAUCUCAAUAUGAAUUAACAGAGCAAUGUUUCAAAGUCAUAGGCUUUACAAUGGAGGAACUAGGAAGUGUGUACAGUGUACUCGCUGCAAUCUUAAAUGUUGGAAAUGUUGAAUUUUCUUCUGUGGCAACUGAACACCAGAUUGACAAGAGCCACAUUUCCCAUCAUGCCGCCCUGGAGAACUCUGCUUCUUUGCUUUGCAUUCAGGCAGAUGAGCUACAAGAAGCUCUCACCUCCCACUGUGUGGUGGCUAGAGGAGAAACAAUUAUACGUCCCAAUACCGUAGAAAAAGCCACUGAUGUCAGAGAUGCGAUGGCUAAAACUUUAUAUGGGCAUCUCUUUAGUUGGAUAGUCAAUCGCAUUAAUAGCUUGUUGAAGCAUGAUGCGUCACCAAGUGGGAAUGGAGAUGAACUGAGCAUUGGCAUUCUCGAUAUAUUUGGCUUUGAAAAUUUCAAGAAAAAUUCCUUUGAGCAGCUGUGCAUUAACAUUGCAAAUGAACAAAUUCAGUAUUAUUUCAAUCAGCAUGUGUUCGCAUGGGAACAGAAUGAAUACUUACAUGAAGAUAUUGAUGCCAGAGUUAUUGAAUACGAAGAUAACCAGCCCCUCUUAGACAUGUUCCUGCAGAAGCCAAUGGGUUUACUGUCCCUGCUUGAUGAAGAAAGCAGAUUUCCCAAGGCCACUGACCAGACUCUUGUAGAAAAAUUUGAAAACAACCUGAAAUCACAGUACUUCUGGAGGCCCAAAAGAAUGGAACUUAGUUUUGGAAUUCACCACUAUGCGGGAAAGGUCCUCUAUAGUGCAAGUGGGUUUUUAGCUAAAAAUAGAGACACUCUACCAACUGAUAUUGUGCUACUUUUGAGGUCGUCAGAAAACAGUGUAAUUCGGCAGCUAGUCAACCACCCUCUGACAAAAACAGGUAAUCUGCCACAUUCUAAAACUAAAAAUAUAAUAAACUAUCAAAUGAGGACUUCAGAAAAAUCAAUUGACCUGACAAAGGGUGAAAACGCAGAAGCCACAUGCCAUGCCAGAGAGACAACCAACAUGAAAACACAAACAGUUGCAUCAUAUUUUAGAUAUUCCCUGAUGGAUUUAUUAUCUAAAAUGGUGGUGGGCCAACCUCAUUUUGUUCGAUGCAUCAAACCAAAUAAUGACCGUCAGGCAAGAAAAUACGACAAAGAGAAAGUUCUGCUCCAGCUUCGCUAUACAGGAAUUCUGGAAACAGCAAGAAUUCGAAGGCUAGGAUAUUCACAUCGUAUACUUUUUGCUAACUUUAUAAAGCGGUACUAUAUUCUCUGCUACAAGUGGAACGAAGAGCCUCCAGUGAGCCCGGACACCUGUGCUACCAUUUUGGAAAAAGUUGGUCUUGAACAUUGGGCUCUUGGAAAAACAAAAGUGUUCCUUAAAUAUUAUCAUGUGGAGGCGUUAAAUUUAAUGAGACGGGAAACCAUUGACAAGCUUGUUUUGAUUCAAGCCCAUGUCAGAGGAUUCUUGGGUUCAAGAAGGUACCAUAAAAUACAGGAGAAAAGGAAAACAAGCGCUAUGAUAAUACAAUCAGCUGCAAGAAGACAUCUACUCAGGAAACAGAAACAAGAAAUUGUUAACACAAAAAACACAGCAGUAACAACCAUUCAGACUCAUGAUCAGGAAUUUGACUACAAGAAAAACUUUGAAAAUACAAGGGAAUCUUUUUUGAAGAAACAAACAGAAAAUGCAAUCUCUACUAAAGAAACAUUCAUUCCAGCUCCAAAUAAUAAAGGAAGUAGUACAUCUGUAGUGAAGACGUCUACUUUCAAAGCUGAGGAAGAAGCCGCUGAUGCUACUGACAGUAACAACAGAGGAUAUCAAAUGCAGAAAAAAGUGAACAGUGUGUAUGGGGAAGAGGCUAAGCAAGAGUUGUGUCUGGUGGGGGAUCCUUGGACAGAAUUGAGCCCCAAACAGAAGUAUAUCAAAGACCUGCAAGAGGGCACUAGGGUCAGGAAAGUGGAGAAAGAGGAUGCUGUGCUCCAGAGUUGCUAUAAUAGAUACACAGAGGAAAGAAAUUUUGAAGACUCCAAAGUGGCCUAUCUUGAAAAGAAGGGCACAUCAGAACGGCCAAACUACUCAGGGCUUCGGUUAGCCGAGAAUGGGGCUAAGCAGCCUUCUUUUAAAAACGGUUUGGAACCUAUCCUUCUCCAAAAGUCAAUUUAUCAAAAGGCAAAUAGCAAAGAAAAAGAAAAGAAGACAUCUGUGGUUACCCAGAUAUGCAGCCAGGAGAAAAGCCGUCAGAGGUGUGAGGCAGUCAAAGAGGGGCAGGGUGAGCAAAUGAUACAGGACCUAGAAGAAGAUAAAGCAGCAGUGUUCAUUCAGAGCAAAUACCGAGGUUAUAAGAAAAGGCAGCAAUUAAGGAAGGAUGGGAUAUCCUCUUCUUUUAAGGAUCAAGAGAUUGUUACAGCAACAAUGGAAGUAGCGGGACACACUCACAGUUUAUAUUCCUGUCCCAUAAAACACAAGGAAAUCUGUAAUAUCAAGAUGAGGGAUGACCAAGACUCAAAAGCAAUUUCAGAAAAAGAAGCAUGUGAUUUGGCAAUUUUUUCAAAACAGAUAACAAAGUUGUCUGAAGAAUAUUUCAUUCUGCAAAAAAGACUGAAUAAAAUGAUUUUAUCCCAGCAACUGGAACCUCUUUAUCUGGGUAUCUAUCCCCAUGAUCAUCAGUGCCUCUCAGGUACCUCUAAAGGAGAAGAGUCAAAAAUAUUGAGACCCCCAAGAAGACCCUGGAAACCCAAAACAUUAAAUAACCCUGAAGACUCCAUAUACUAUUAUCUACUACAUAAGUCAAUCCAAGAAAAAAAACGAAAACCAAGGAAAGACAGUGAGGGAAAGUUAUUAGAUUUGGAAGAUUUCUAUUAUAAGGAAUUUUCACCUAGUCAUUCUGGACCAAAGCUGUACCAUAGUUUUAAAGAACGAAGACCACAAAGAGAACUCCAGAGUCAAUGUUUUAAGCCUGAUGAAAGGUGCUGGGCGGCGGAGAGCCCCGAGGAGGAGGAGAGCGGGCCGGGAGCCAACCCUUACGACUACCGGAGACUUCUGCGCAAAACCUCCCAGCGCAGGCGCCUAGUCCAGCAGUUGUAG